AGAUUCUAGUCUGAAACGCAGAAACUCAGGUGCUUGUGAUAAUGAAGAACUAUAGUCGGUGGAUGGUGUCCCACGUGUGUAUUGAUUAUGUUUUUUUGGUAGCGCUGGUGCUAUUGGCAGGAAUCACUCGAGCAAAAACAACGGGGGUUCUCCUCUACCCCGAUCCGAAAAUCCAGCCGGAUAAUGUCAUCGUUCGGAACAACAAUGGAAAAGUAAUCGAUGACACAAUCGGAAAGGGAAACCAAGAAAAUGGCCCGGUUCUUCAUAGUAGAUCCCUGGACUUCAUGAACGCCCUUGGCGGAUUGAGUGGCACAAUUAACAACUCUGGCGUAUCAAACGGCCAUGGCAAUGGUGCAGUUAUUUUCAACGGGAAAAUUUUAAAUGAUAGUGCAAGCUUUUCAAAACCAUCGACACAACCCAACAAAGCUCCCUCCAGAAACUUCGUGUCAAGAGGCGAUAGGAGUCCAUCUAGGAGGUUCGGAUCAAGAGCCGACAAAAGUCCUUUUAGAAACCAAAGACCAGCAUCACAAUCUCCUUCUAAUUGGGAUUACAAGCCCAAUAGAUUUGCGUCGUCGAGUACAGGGCUCAACGGAUUGGAAAUCGCGAAAAACGGUAGAAAACUUGACAACGUGACGUCGGCUCCGGAAACGUCCAACAGUUCCACCAAACCCUCCAGCGCAGUAAAGACAUGGCACGGGUCCAAUCUACGCAUCAACCACAACGGCGUCCAGAUAACCGUCAUCAGCCAUAAACUACGCCCUCAACACAUCGAAAUAGACGCUGAAAAGGUGUAUAUCAACAACGAGAUCGUUUGCGACUCCGUGCAAAACCUGAGACCCAAACCCUGGUACCAGCGAAGAGGUGACGGCUCCGAGUGGUACACGAAUCUGAGCGUUGGGAGGCCGAUGCUGCACCGGCAGAUGCAGGAGUUCAUCGAUGACGUCAAGAAACUCGAGCGAGAACGCGGCUUCAACGAUGGAUCGUCCGAUGGGUCGUCCGAUGAAAUCAAAACUUGGCACGGGAAUUUCUUGCGCAUCGAUCACAACGGUCUAAAAGCGAUUGUCAUCAGUCCUCGCAUUGAGAACAUCGAACUGAACGGUCGCACGGUGUACUUGAACAACCAAGUUGUUUGUGAUGACGUGGAGACGCUGAGGUCUGUGCCAAGGCACCAGAAAAGAACCGGUGGUUCCGAAUGGUUGACGAAUUUGAACGUUGGCAGAGCGAUGAGGAUAGCCGAGAUUGAAGCGUUUGAUGAGUAUUUGAAAGACAUCGAGCAAGCUAAAUCCGCCUGGAGUGGAACGGUGGAGGAGAAACUUCCUCGUGAAAAGCAGAGGGCUCCCGUCAAGAUGGAUGACAAGACAAUCAUCGAGAACCUUGGAAAGCUAAUCAAUUGGUGAUAUUAAGAUAUUGAUUUUGUGAAAUUUUUGAACCUGGAUAGUAUGUUAAUCCUUCUGGACGAUGAUUGUAUGUGAUUAAAUAUUUCAUUUUUGAUUUCAUUCACUUAUUAAAACGCAUUUCAAAACGAAAA